AUGAGCAGCAAUGAGUGCUUCAAGUGUGGACGGUCUGGCCACUGGGCCCGGGAGUGCCCCGCUGGCGGGGGCCGCGGUCCUGGGAUGAGAAGCCGUGGCAGAGGUGGUUUUACCUCGGAUAGAGGUUUCCAGUUUGUUUCCUCGUCUCUUCCAGACAUCUGUUACAGCUGUGGUGAGUCUGGUCACCUUGCCAAGGACUGUGACCUUCAGGGGGAUGCCUGCUAUAACUGCGGCCGAGGCGGCCACAUCGCCAAGGACUGCAAGGAGCCCAAGCGGGAGCGGGAGCAGUGCUGCUACAACUGCGGCAAGCCCGGCCACCUGGCCCGCGACUGCGACCACGCGGACGAGCAGAAGUGCUACUCCUGCGGCGAGUUCGGGCACAUCCAGAAAGACGGCACCAAAGGGAAGCGCUACCGGUGUGGCGAGACUGGUCACGUAGCCAUCAACUGCAGCAAGACGAGUGAAGUCAACUGUUACCGCUGUGGCGAGUCGGGGUACCUGGCACGGGAAUGCACGAUCGAGGCCACAGCUUAA